AGACCUUUGGCUUCAGCAAUGACAAACGUGAUGCUUGAGCAUGUGUGAGCCGCUAUGUCUCGGCGCGGUUUCGGCCUGCUUCCUGUUUUGGCAGCACUGCUGGUGGCUGGAGAUGACAACAAGGUUGACGGACCUGUAGUAGGUCUUGAUCUUGGGACGACCUUUUCUUGCGUAGGUGUCUACAAGAAUGGUGUCGUGGAGAUUGUGCCGAGCGAUCAAGGCAAUCGCAUGAUGCCGUCCACUGUGGCCUUUGAUGAUGAGGAAACCCUCGUGGGUGAAGCUGCAAAGAAUACGGCCUCACGGAUCUUCGAUGUGAAGCGCUUGAUGGGACGUCGCUUUGAGGACUCUGCCGUGCAACGGGACUUGAAGACCUGGCCCUUCAAGGUGGUGGCUGACUCCGAGGGCAAUGCAGCGAUCAGCAUCAACCGCAGCGGUAAGGCCAAAGUGCUGAAACCAGAAGACAUCUCUUCCCUCAUCCUCCAGAAGCUCAAGGCCAGAGCCAGUGACUACUUGGGCCGCGAGGUCUUGCAUGCGGUGGUCACUGUACCGGCUGUCUUCGAUCACGCCAUGCGCCAGGCAGUGAAGACAGCGGGCUCCUUGGCAGGCUUGGAGGUCCUGCGGAUCAUUAACGAGCCGACAGCAGCGGCAGUGGCCUAUGGCCUGGAAAAGAGAGGAACUGGGGAGAUUCUUUUGGUUUAUGACUUGGGUGGUGGCACCUGCGAUGUCUCAAUUCUUCGAUCGGAAGCAGAUGGGACUCUGACGGUCUUAGCUUCAAGCGGAGAUCCUCGUUUGGGUGGUCAGGAUUUUGACCGAAAAGUGGUGGCACAUUUGGCUAACACCUUCAAAAAGAAGUCCGGUAAAGACGCUGACCUGACCGCCCUUGAACGGCUGCGGGUGGAAGUAGAGAAAGCCAAGAGGAAACUCAGCACGGUGCCACAAGUGACGAUCAAAGUUGAAGGAUUCUUUGAUGGGACGGACCUCUCCGAGACUUUGACGCGGGCACAAUUUGAGAAGCUCAACCACGAGCUUUUCAUGAGGACGUUAGAGCCUGUCCGUGCCGUGCUGAAGGAUGCGGGCUUGGAAAAGACCGAUGUCAACACCGUGAUCUUGGCAGGCGGUUCUGCUCGCAUUCCUAAAGUGCAGCAGAUUCUGAGCCAAUUCUUCGAUGGAAAAGAGCUUACACGCAGCAUCAAUCCUGAUGAGGUGGUGGCUUAUGGUGCUGCCAUACAGGCAGCCUCCUUGAGUACCGAGGGAGAUGAGCAAGAGGUGCCGCUGAUAGAUGUAACUCCCCUGUCACUAGGUAUCCAAACAGCCGGGGGCUUCAUGACCAGCGUCCUGAAGCGGAACACUCCGCUGCCUGCAGAGAACACAAUGGUUUUCUCCACCCACAAGGACAACCAAGAGAUGGCCACCGUGAAGGUCUUUCAGGGAGAGCGGCUCAUGGCGAAGAACAAUCGCCUGUUGGGCAGCUUUCAAAUAAAAGGGAUACCUCCAGCGCCUCGUGGAGUUCCUCAGAUCCAUGUAAGCUUCAAAGUGGAUGUGAAUGGUUUGCUCUCUGUGGAAGCCAGGGACACCAGCUCUGGCCAGAGCGGAGAGCUCAAGGUCGAGGAUCAGCCAAGCAAAGAGCAGAUUGAGGAGAUGAUUAAGGAGGCAGCAGACUUUGAGAGAGAGGACCAGCAAGACUUGGCAAGGGCAGAAGCAAAACUCGCCUUGAAGCUCCUCAUAAGGUCUUUGCAUUUGGCGGCAGAGAUGGCGCUGGAAGAGGAUGCCUCCACCUUCCUGGCCGCAGCCAGUGAUGCGCAAGACUGGCUGGCAGCAAACCCGGAUGCCGCGGCCGAGGAGAUCCACGAGAAGCGGGAGGAGUUGGAGGGGAAUGUGCCGGAGAUGCCCAGUCAAAAUGCACCGCAAAGUGCUGAACUGGACAUGGAAGGUCAUGAUGAGCUGUGAUAGUGAUCAACAGCGCAAACAAUUGGCGCAUAUCUUGCGUUUGCCCUUCCUCCAGCGGCUUCAGAUCCUGAUGGAAUGAACUUCCAGAUGGCAUGUGAGCAUAGGGCGGUGAUGGACACUGUUGACAGAAUCGAGGAGACAUGUGGCUUGGGGUCUGAAGGGUCCGCCAAAAAAACCAUGAAGUGCUGCUAGGGCAAAGCGCGAAAAGAUGUCGCAUCGCGGGAGGCGAUUGGCAUGUCACUGUGGGUGGCCAUGGCAGAAGUGUAGUUGCACGCGUUUGAACGUGUGUGAACGCUGUUUGAACGCUUGAACAUGUGUGGGCGCAACAUGGAUAAGGUGCGUCGAAGCUGGC